AUGAGUUUUGAGGACUGUGUAGAUUCAUCAGAACGGGAUGCAGGGGCUGCCAAACAAUUUCUUGAGGCCGUUCUACAGACACCAUUAUUGCUGUCAGACAGUCACCUGCACCUGUUCUUGCAGUCACAGCUGAGCAUCGCAAAAAUAGAUGCGUGUUCACAGGGACAGACGCAUUACACGGUUGCGCAGGCAAUACAGCGAUGUGUCGGGUAUACCCGUUUCCCUGUGGAGGAAGAGCAUCAAGAAGACAGCAAAACAUGCUGUGACUCAGACUGUGAAAGUACAAGAUCCUCUGGCUUGGGCAAUAGUCUAGGACGUGCCACACCUGUUGAAGAAGACUCUUCCUAUAAUGAAAGCUUUUCCCAUGAAUUUCAAGUCACAACCCCUGAGGCAGAACUCUGUAGCAUCCUGUCUUCAUCUCCUAGCAACCAGUAACGUUGCACUCUCUUAUAUGAACUCAAGAGAUGUAUACAUACACAUCCACGCAUACUCUGUUAAAGAGAUUUGCUGCCCAGUUGCUGCUUCGAACCUCCAGAGUUAUAUUUGGAUGGAUAUUGAAACAAAAAAAAGGUCUUGGUU